AUGUCGUCGCCCGAGAAGCCUCUUCCUUUCGCGUACCAAUUCGCCGCCGGUGCGAUUGCGGGUGUUUCUGAAAUUCUUGUCAUGUACCCAUUGGAUGUCGUGAAGACGAGAAUUCAACUCCAGUCGGGUACUGCCACCGGCGAGGAGGCUUAUUCCAGCAUGUUGGAUUGCUUCCGCAAGAUCAUCCGCAACGAGGGAGCGUCUCGUUUGUACCGUGGUAUCACCGCCCCCAUCUUGAUGGAGGCUCCCAAGCGUGCCACCAAAUUUGCCGCCAACGAUAGCUGGGGUGCAUUCUACCGCAACUUGUUCGGUAUCGAUAAGCCCACUCAGUCCCUGGCCGUUCUUACCGGUGCCACUGCCGGAGCCACAGAGUCUUUCGUUGUGGUCCCCUUCGAGCUCGUCAAGAUUCGUCUCCAGGACAAGGCCCAAGCACACAAAUAUAACGGUAUGAUUGACGUUGUCACCAAGAUCGUCAAGGAAGAAGGCGUUCUCGCUAUGUACAAUGGUCUCGAGUCCACGCUCUGGCGACACAUCCUCUGGAACGCCGGUUAUUUCGGAUGCAUUUUCCAAGUCCGAGAGCAACUCCCCAAGCCGGACCCGAACAACAAGAGCCAAAAAGUCAUGACUGAUAUGCUUGCUGGUGCCAUUGGUGGUACAGCAGGUACCAUCCUCAACACGCCCAUGGAUGUCGUCAAGUCUCGUAUCCAGAACAGCCCCAAGGUUGCCGGUACCGUGCCCAAGUACAACUGGGCUUGGCCAGCUGUUGCGACUGUUGCGCGUGAGGAAGGAUUCGGUGCUUUGUACAAGGGCUUCUUGCCCAAGGUUCUUCGAUUGGGUCCUGGUGGUGGUAUUCUUUUGGUUGUUUUCACUGGUGUGAUGGACUUCUUCCGUACUUUGCGCGCGGAGUAA